CUACAUCGCAACCUGCCACACGAGCCAAAGGAUCCUCUCGUCUCGUCGAGUGCCCGCUGCCAGAGGCUCAAAGAAUCCUGCGAUGAGGAUCUCCCCGUCCUUACUGCCCCGUUUUAUGCGCAUUUGAGCGAGAACCCCUCAAUUAGUCCCGCCCCUGCGCUUCUGUGAAGAUGGCCGAUGAGAAUCCCGAGGUCCAGGCCGCUUUGCGGGACCUGGACAAGGAAUUGGAGGAGGGUGAUAUUACAGAGAAAGGGUAUCAGAAACGGCGCACGAUUCUCCUUUCCCAGUUCUUUGGGCCAAACAUGGCUCUCGGUUUCAAUUCACCCAGCCCAGAAGACCCUUCCCCAUCCAUGACAAGUUCAAGCAACGCUCCGCAGGCAAUCCUCAACGUCCGACCGCCAACGGCUGAUUCGACCAACCCGGAAUUCGCUUCGCAUCCCUCCUUCCCUAGCAACCGUGAUACUCUACAGGGCGGCGGAAGCCUCGGACACGACCGAAGAAUAAGCGCAGAUACCCAGGUUACGGUUGAUAGAGAUAGCGCGUUUCUCCAAGGCCUGGAUCGGAUGCCAUCGUCGGGAUCUUAUGACUCUCUCUUCCUUCCGAAGCCACCGCAAGGCCCUGGCAUGCAGGAGGAUUCUCGGACGGCGACGCUCAUGAGCCAGAGUUACGCAUUCAACCCUGGUACUCACCACGAAAAUAUGGAUCCACCUGCGACCGGCUACGAGGGUUACGAAGAGUACGAUGUGACGCCCGGCGGAGUCACGCGACAGUCCACUAUGCUCGAUUCCCAGCAAGGUUACUUCUCAGACUUCGCAGGACAGCAGCAGGAUGAUUACAGGGACAGCUAUGGCGGUGGUGGGUUCCACCGAUACUCUCAAUCGGAUGCUUUCUCGCCGACCGCAAACAUGGCGCCGCCACUGAUCCCUGCGUCUGAGCUGCCCCACGGCCCGGAGAUCAACCACAUGCUUCCCCUGGAGCCCCGUGACAUCCCUUUUGCCGUGCAGGACCCGCAUGAUAAGAACAUAUCGAUGGCGAACUUUGAUAACAUUCCCACCGUUCUCCGGCACCGUGCGCGGGUCCAUUCCAAGCAAGCAGCUUAUUGGGUCCUGGACCAGAAGGGCAAGGAGAUUGCGUCGAUAACAUGGGAGAAGCUUGCAAGCCGAGCCGAGAAGGUGGCACAGGUCAUCCGUGACAAGAGUAAUUUGUAUCGCGGCGAUCGUGUGGCACUGAUCUACCGAAACUCUGAAAUCAUCGAGUUUGCCGUUGCUCUCAUGGGCUGUUUUAUCGCCGGAGUUGUGGCGGUUCCAAUCAACAGCCUGGAGGACUACCAGAGCCUUAAUUUGGUUCUUACUUCAACCCAGGCGCAUCUUGCACUGACUACGGAGAACAACCUGAAGAAUUUCCAGAGAGAUAUUACGACGCAGAAGCUCAACUGGCCAAGAGGCGUGGAAUGGUGGAAGACCAAUGAAUUUGGAAGUUUCCACCCGAAAAAGAAGGACGACACGCCACCUCUGGUCGUUCCGGAUCUAGCCUACAUCGAAUUCGCGCGGGCUCCCACGGGCGACUUGCGCGGUGUCGUCAUGAGCCACCGUACAAUCAUGCAUCAGAUGGCUUGCUUGAGCGCGAUGGUCUCGACCGUUCCUAACUCGAGCAGCUCAAGGCAGCGGGGUGAAACCAUCAUCAGCUACCUGGAUCCCCGUCAAGGGAUUGGUAUGAUUCUAGGCGUACUCUUGACAGUGUACGGUGGACACACAACUGUCUGGCUGGAAGACCGGGCGGUUGAAACCCCAGGACUCUACGCCCAUCUGAUCACAAAGUAUCGAGCCACAAUCAUGGCUGCCGAUUAUCCCGGAUUAAAGAUAACUGCCUACAACUACCAACAAGAUCCGAUGGCGACUCGGCACUACAAGAAAAACUCGGAGCCCAACUUCGGAAGUGUUAAGCUCUGCCUCAUUGACACCCUCACUGUUGAUUCGGAGUUCCACGAAAUUCUUGCCGACAGAUGGCUGAGGCCGAUGCGAAACCCAAGGGCGAGAGAGAUUGUUGCUCCAAUGCUCUGCUUGCCGGAACACGGCGGUAUGCUGAUCAGUGUCCGCGAUUGGCUGGGAGGCGAGGAACGAAUGGGCUGUGCUUUGACCCAUGAAAUGGAUCCCGACGAGCGCGAGGACUCUAAGAAGGAGGAGAAACAGUCCGAAAAGGCUUCGAACAGUGGGUUUGGAAGCAGCCUACUGGGCGGGGGGUCAGCGGCCCCGGCCCCGAAGGAGCAAUCGAAAAAUGAACUUGGAGAGGUCCUUCUUGACAAAGAGUCUUUGAAGAGUAAUGAGGUCGUGGUUUUGGCCAUGGGUGAGGACGCCAGAAAGUUUGCCGGCGCUAUGCCACACGCUGUUCGCGUUGGUUCGUUCGGUUAUCCAAUCCCAGAUGCGACUCUUGCUGUCGUGGACCCCGAGACCAGUCUGUUGUGUACCCCAAAUGUCAUUGGCGAAAUUUGGGUCGACUCGCCCUCCCUCUCCGGAGGCUUCUGGGCACUGCCGAAGCAUACCGAAGCCAUCUUCCAUGCACGACCGUACAAGUUUGAAGAUGGCAAUCCUACUCCUAUCCUCGUGGAGCCAGAGUUUCUGCGAACCGGUCUUCUUGGCUGCGUGAUAGAGGGCAAGGUGUUUGUGCUUGGCCUCUAUGAGGACCGUCUUCGUCAGAAGGUAGAAUGGGUGGAGCAUGGACAAGAAAUCGUGGAACAUCGCUAUUUCUUCGUUCAGCAUAUGAUCGUCAGUGUCUUGAAGAAUGUACCCAAGAUACAUGACUGCACUGCGUUCGACGUUUUUGUCAAUGAAGAACACCUUCCGAUUGUUGUUUUAGAGUCAUACGCAGCAUCAACAGCACCAACAACAUCAGGUGGCCCUCCUCGACAGUUGGACUCUGUUCUCCUCGAGUCUCUGGCAGAAAGGUGCAUGGAAGUGCUCUAUCAAGAGCAUCAUUUGCGAGUCUAUUGUGUGCUACUCACUGCGCCCAAUACUCUUCCUCGCGUUACGAAGAACGGAAGACAAGAGAUUGGCAACAUGCUCUGUCGCAAGGACUUUGAUGCGGGUACUCUCCCCUGUGUUCAUGUCAAAUUUGGCGUUGAACGGUCGGUGAUGAAUCUGCCGAUCGGCGUUGACCCCGUUGGAGGUAUCUGGUCGCCACUGGCCUUGAUGUCACGGCAAGAAUUGCUUGGCAUGGAAGAGAAGCAGUACUCCGGCGUGGACUAUCGGGAUGUUGUGAUGGAUGAUCGUACAUCGACAUCGCUGAACAACUUCUCGACGAUUGUUGACCUUCUCCAAUGGCGUGUCUCUCGGCAGGCGGAAGAGCUGGCUUAUUGCUCCAUUGACGGCCGUGGCAAAGAAGGGAAGGGCAUCACUUGGAAGAAGUUCGAUAUGAAGGUUUCUGCCGUUGCGACCUACCUACGGAACAAGAUCAAGGUCCGUCCUGGUGAUCACUUGGUCUUGAUGUAUACCCAUUCCGAAGACUAUGUCUACGCUGUUCAUGCCUGCUUCUGUCUUGGGGUCGUCGUCAUUCCUCUGGCUCCUAUUGACCAGAACCGCCUCUCGGAAGACGCCCCUGCCUUCCUUCAUGUCAUAAAUGAUUUCCACGUCAAAGCAAUCAUUGUCAACAGCGAUGUGGACCAUGUCAUGCGACAGAAGCUCGUUUCGCAGCAUAUCAAGCAGUCUGCCCAGGUACUUAGAAUCGGCGUACCGGCUAUCUACAAUACCUCCAAGCCGUCGAAGCAGUCUCAUGGCUGCCGCGAAAUGGGUUAUACUGCGAAGGAUACAUGGUUACAGAGCAACUACCCUGCUUUGAUCUGGACGUACUGGACACCAGACCAGAGGAGAAUCUCUGUCCAUAUCGGCCAUGACACGAUCAUGGGCAUGUGCAAAGUGCAGAAGGAGACUUGUCAGAUGACCAGUUCAAGACCAGUCCUAGGUAGCGUGCGUAGCACUUUAGGUCUCGGGUUCCUCCACACUUGCUUGAUGGGAAUUUACGCCGGAGCACCAACAUACCUUGUAUCGCCCGUUGACUUCGCGCAAAACCCUAUGACUUUUUUCAACACGCUUUCGCGGUACAAGAUCAAGGACACCUAUGCUACUAGCCAGAUGUUAGACUACGCCAUGACCGCAAUGGCUGCAAAGGGGUUCCGGCUGGACGAACUCAAGAACUUGAUGAUCUCCGCGGAGGGCAGACCUCGUGUCGAUAUUUAUCAAAAGGUUCGCUUGCAUUUUGCCUCGGCCAGUCUGGACCGUACCGCAAUCAACAUUGUGUACUCCCAUGUUCUCAACCCAAUGGUCGUUACAAGGUCCUAUAUGUGCAUUGAGCCAGUUGAGCUCUGGCUUGAUCUUCGAUCUCUACGACGCGGGCUUAUUUUCCCUGUGGACCCAGAUACAGAUCCUACUGCGCUCGUUGUUCAAGACUCAGGAAUGGUUCCAGUCAACACUCAGAUUGCGAUUGUGAACCCCGAAACUUGCACCUUGUCCCAUGUGGGUGAAUACGGGGAAAUUUGGGUCCAGUCCGACGCUUGUGCCAAGUCAUUCUACGGAUCUAGGCAGGAAUUCGACCAGGAACGAUUCAAUGGUCGGAUCAUGGAUGGAGAUCCUAAUGUUGCCUAUGUACGGACUGGUGAUCUGGGAUUCCUCCACACUGUCACUAGGCCCAUUGGACCUGGCGGCCAGCCUGUUGAGAUGCAGGUUCUGUUUGUCCUCGGCGGAAUUGGAGAAACCUUCGAGGUGAACGGACUCAACCAUUUCCCCAUGGAUAUCGAGAACUCCGUUGAAAGAUGCCAUCGUAACAUUGUGGCCGGUGGAUGUGCUGUCUUCCAGGCUGGCGAUCUGAUCGUUGUGGUUGUGGAGGUCACGAGAAAGGCCUACCUGGCAUCUCUCGUUCCCGUGAUUGUCAAUUCCAUUCUCAACGAGCACCAAGUCGUCGCCGACAUCGUUGCCUUUGUUCCCCACGGGGACUUCCCUCGGUCUCGCCUUGGUGAAAAACAACGCGGUAAAGUGCUAGCAUCCUGGAUUACUCGGAAGCUCCGAACGUUUGCCCAGUUUAGCAUUCGUGACACUGAAGGAGCCGAGAAUCAUUUCGCAGACGGUCCACAGCACCGCGUUAGCAGAAGCUCUAAACCUGGAAGCAUGAUGGGCAACAGCACGCGACGAUCCACCGUUGUACCGGAGAGUGAUGCGCCCGCUGUUCCCCGGUCUCCAGCCCCAGCACUGAUGGAACACCCUGAGGCAUCAGGCGGUUCUUAUCCGGUCGCGCAGGAACUCGGCGAUGGGUCUACCCUCAACAGCCCGUCUACUAUACCGGACAUGAUGUCGGUUUCGCAGAUCACGGAGCCCAUGCGCCCGGCUACAUCUUCCACCGGUGGAAACAUACCGGCCCCAAUGGAUCCCCCCCAGACGAUUGGAAACCCAGACUUUGGUUUCGACUUUGGUGAUUUCACCACCUCAGCUACUGCGGCGCCUCUAACCCAGACAGCGGGUCCGGCUCCUGUAAACGAACCCCUGCCUUAUCGACCCGCAACGGGACAUGCUUCGCAAUCCAGCCAGCGGCAGUAUGGCGGUCCCCCUAAGCCGCGACCAUUUUCCUACGAACAGACCGAGUUGCUAGAUGACGGCCCCAGCGACUGGGCCCAAGACGCUUUGAUGUACCAGUCAGCACUGGGUGCGGACAACAUGCAUGCCCAGGGCGGACCCAACCAACCCCUUGGUGGCAACGAUAUGUCGAGGAGACACUUCGACGAUGGUCAUUACGGAUACUAGGAUACUAAAGACCGCAUGGAAGCGAGCAGCUAUCUCAUCCCCCAUCAGGUUCGGCUACUUUCUUAACCAGUGGACUUGAUUUGGCCCGGUGACUUUGCAUUAUAUUUGGCUAUCCUCUGUGUUUAGAGCCCUUUCUCUUUCCCCCCUUCCCCUUUUGUUCCUUUCUUUUUUUGGUUUCUGGCAUAGCCUAUAUGUUCUCUCCAUUUGCACUUGGCAUUUUGUUCUCCUGUUUCAUGUGAUUUCCCCUUUGCAUUUUCUCUUUCCAUCCCACGUCUUUGUCUUUUAACUACCCCCUUUGCCCAUACCAUCUCCCAUGAUUUGAAUGACAUGCUAUGUUCUGUACAUACAUACAUACAUACAUACAUACAUACAUACCCCCUUCUUCCGAUACACAUGCAUGUAAUUACAAAAUUUCAAAAUCAUGCUUCGUCCAGUUGAGCACUUUUCAAGCUGAUCGGUUCUUCCCUGCCUGAAG